UCUGCCACCCCAUGUCCUGGGAUGUUUUCCAUGAGUGACGGACAUCAUGCUGGGCUGGGAGUUCGCUCAGUGGCAGCGGCUCAGCAGCUCAGUUUAUGUUCUGCCGUGCCUCAGGCCUGGGUUUGAGUACAGCACCACAUGGGACCACCAAGGACAGCACCUGGAGGAGCUCUAUGAAUGGUGCCUUUGGUACUUCGUGAGAAACAUUUCCAGAUAUAUCACAGAGGUCAAGUCUUUGCCGCCCAACAUAAAAGACCGACUGCUUAAGAUAAUGAGCCUGGAGGGGCAGAUAACAGAUUCCAAUAUAAGCGAGAUUUUGCAUCCUGAAGCCCAAACUCUGAACAUCGAGGGCUGUGAUGUCUCAGACAUGGCUCUCCAGCAUGUGUGUAACUGCAGAAAACUGAGGACAUUAAAUUUAAGUUCCUUUGAGAAGAAAAGAAACUCCAUAACUUCAGAAGGAAUAAAAGCUGUGGCCUCAUCUUGUUCAUACCUGCAGGAGGUCUCUCUGAAAAGGUGCAGCGGCCUCACUGAUGAGGGGGUCCUGGCUUUCGCGCACAACUGCCGGUGGUUGCGGAUCAUCAAGCUGAGCGGCUGCUCCGGCAUCACCGACAGGUCCUUGCACGCUAUUGGGGAGCACUGCCUGCUCCUGCAGUGCAUUGACUUCUCCUUCACCCAGGCGUGUCCCCUCCCCUCUGCCCAGGUGUCUGACCGCGGCGUGGCCGCACUCGUCAGUGGACCCUGUGCUGAGAAACUGGAGGAGAUUAAUAUGGGCUAUUGUGUCAACCUGACUGACAAGGCUGUAGAAGCUGUCCUCACUUGCUGCCCUCAGAUGCAAAUCUUCCUCUUCCUGGAAUGCCCCCUCAUUACAGACCGUUCACGAGAAAUCCUGGAGCAGUCACUGGGCCCAAAGAAGCUGAAGCACAUCAUGUGGACGGUCUACUGAUGCUUCAUGAAGCUUCCAGAAGCACUGCUCAUCACCCCUUCCCAGGGGGUGAUGUUCUGUACAGUCUGGCUUUCCACUUCAGUUAAGACUUCCCUGUUGGCAUUCAGUUUUGUUUCCAGUUACAGCUCUCAGAGGACCAGCUAGGCCCUAUCUCUCCGUAGCUUGUGCUUGGACAUUAAGCAGACUCCCAGAUACUAACAGCUCAGUAGUUGCAGGCUUGUUACAAGAGUCCUUGUUUUCCACACAGUUAUCCCAGAAAGCCCGGUGAUCAGUUUAAGGAGGGGGAGGCAGGAGUAAGGGAUGUUGUCUUUGUUUCAAAUAAACGAUGUUUAUAAGGA